AUGGGGUUGCAAAGAUGUGCGCAGUAUAACAAAGAGAAUGUCGAGAAGCUGGCGAGAGUUCUCGUUGGCUUGUCGAUGCUGAAUGAGACGGCGUAUGCGGAGGAGAUCAAAUCGGCUGGUGAGAACAGCAUGGAGUGGUGGAAGGCGGCAGAGCAGUCGGUGGCGAUGAGAGCUCUUAGUGACGACGAAAUUGAGGAGCGCAUGACCCAUGAUGAGCUUUAA